UCUGUCUCUUCGCCUUGCAGCAUGACGGAAAAGGAAGUGCCAGAGCCACCAGCUUCACCUGCUUCAGGUGGGAAACCCAAGAGCCGGCAGCUGCAGAAGCUGAAACAACUUUUCCAGCGAAAGCCCAAGGAGGAGCCGGCGCCGGAGCCGCAGCCCAACGGGGAGCUGGUCAGCCCCUCGGGGGGACCCAUCUUCUACAUCUACGAGGAUGAGGAGGAGGAGGAAGAGGAGGAGGAGCCCGAACCCCCUCCCGAACCCGAGAAACUUGUUAAUGACAAACCUCACAAGUUCAAAGAUCAUUACUUCAAAAAGCCCAAAUUCUGCGACGUUUGUGCCCGCAUGAUCGUCCUCAACAACAAAUUUGGCCUGAGGUGCAAGAACUGCAAAACAAACAUCCACCACCACUGCCAGUCCUACGUGGAGAUGCAG